AUGUCUAUGUUGAGAUGUAUUGGGUAUAAUAUUGGCUCAUAUUUUUAUAAUAGUAUGUCCUCUAAAAGACUAAUUAAAUUACAACCAUUUACACAAAAAAAUGUUGUUCAUAUUCUUGGAAAUUGUUAUUAUCCUGAAACUAAUGAAAAUUUAAAUCAUUUGACUUUCAACGAUGCAAACCUUAAAAUUCAUGAUUUAAUUGUAGCAACAUACAGACAAAAAUAUUCAUAUUUAGGAAACACUUAUCUUUCUUCUGAUGCAGGAUGGGGGUGUGCUAUUCGAGCAACACAAAUGAUGGUAGUAAAUGCAUUAGUCAUUUUUAAAGAUCAAAUGCAACAAAUAGUUGAUUAUAAUUCGUUUGAACAUCAACAAAAUAAAUCACAAGCAAAAGAACUUAUUUAUGAUAGAAUCUCCUCAUUAUUAUCAAUUCAUAAUAUCUACAUUCAACAAGUCAUUAAAACACAUAAUCCAAAAGGAACUAAUUUUUUACCACCAUCUAUAUGUUGUAUAGCUAUUUCGUUUGUUAUUAAUUUGAAGAUAAUGCAAUAUUAA